GAUUUUUAGGACGGAAUUACAUCCCGUCGUCGGAACGCGAGACCGAGCUCACACCCUAUCGAAGACGCAGCACGCCCACAGCAUGCGAGUCGCGCCAACCUGUGAGCACCGUCUCAAGCUUCACCAACGCGACAGAAAAGUGCCCUGAAUAGCCUCGGAAACACCUUUGCAAUCGCCUAUACGAAGUUACUCGGAGGACUAAACUUUGAAAAGAUUGGAAGCAUACACUGGUGACUAUGGCCGGUGAAGAUAUCGACAGUUGCUCGGGCUCCUCCUCGACGACCACCCGUGCCGGAGGCUGCUGCUGCGGGUCAUGUCGAAAGAAUAAGAGGCGAUCGCACAAGAAGUCUAGAAACGGCUGUCAAAACUGCAAGAGACGCAAAGUCAAGUGCGAUGAGACUCACCCCGAGUGCGCCAACUGCUUAAGAUUCUCCAUGAGAUGUGACUAUCUCUCUACAUCCACAGAAGUACAGACGUCUACAUCCUCGGGGGACGAAGAACGUCAUGGAAAAGGGAAACGAAAACGACAACACGGAGAACGGGAGCCAGCCACAGACCUACCUACCCCGACAGCCUCUGACUUGGACAUGGAAUCAGACUCCGGCCAGACUCCUACGCCAUCAAGUCACAUCGAUCCCCUUUUACGCAAUGCCUGUCUUCUCGACAUUAAGAGCCUCGAACUCCUACACUACUACAUGUGUCAUACUUCGACAACACUAGGAGACCCCCAAACCUUCCGGGAUGUGGUUCCGCCUCUUGGCUUCAAGUACGACUGCGUGAUGCGAAUGGUUCUAUCAAUCACCGCCCGCCAUCUCGCCCGAUUAAAACCCGAUCAAAGGGGAUAUUAUCACCGCCUAGCAGAAGACCAUGCGGCAGCAGCAUUUCCAGAAGUGACCGCCAUGCUCGCGCAACUCAGCGAAGAGAAUUCGCAGGCACUAUACUACGCCACAGUCCUAAUCAGUCUAUCUUCCUUUGCUAGAGACCCGUCACCAGGCAAUAUCUUGCUUGACGCCGAGGAGGACGAAGUGUCGUGGUGGUCGUUGAUGAGAGGGGUAAAGAUCGUGAUCAGUACAAUAGGGAUACAAAAUCUUAGGACAGAGGCAUCGCAAGCUUUACUCUGUGGUAGUUCGACAUGGAACGAACCGAAACUCUCGGUUCUUAGCGUUCCACCGCUUGUACUGCACUGGGAGAAGCCCCUAUCCGAGAUCGAACAGUUCGUGGAUGAGACGUGUGCUGUCGAAGAAAGCAUUCAUCGUCCUGCUUUAGCCCACUUGAAAGAAUGUUACCGCAAGCUUUUCAUGCCUGGAGGGCCAGAAGUUGACGACGAACAAAUCCCUUCCAUCAUUUACGGCUGGCUGUACGUGCUUAAAGAUGAUUUUGUACAGUCUAUAGAGAGAAGGGAAGCCGUACCACUGGUUCUUCUCGGCUAUUAUGCUGUUCUGCUGCAGCAAUUGGAACAUCACUGGUUUAUGGAGGGAUGGUCUCUCCAGGUCAUCAAUGGCGUUUACGCGAUACUUGGGGAUAGUCACCGACAUUUUCUUACUUGGCCUCUGGAGCAGGUGGGGUCCAUCUGGUCAGGACUAUGAACGAUCCAUGGGCAUUUAAAAAUUACGUAUAGUAACGAAGACCGUCCAAGCCUUGUCAUGUUUCUAUGCACCGUGUUCAAUCACUUGAUAGAAGAUCCUUGGCCUCGACGUGCUGUUCG